GUAAACGUUGAUAAGGCAGUACUAUGACAUUAUUGGUGGGAAAAAUACCAGUCUGAAUGAAGCACGAGUUUAAAAGUCUAAAUGGCAGUACCAUGCUCUAGUGUAUUUUACUUUUUGAUUUAAGUGCAUUUAUGAUUUCAUUUAUUUGAACGACUAAUAGAUACAGUUUAGUUCUAGUAUUCAGGACUAGGGAAUUCAAGUGUAACAUAUUGCGCGGCGCCAUCACUGUGUUAUCGCUGUGAAGAGUUGUCUGUACCCGUGCGUCAUGUGAAUAGAAACAUAGUAGUUGGUUGCUUGCAUACCCUGCGAUAUGGUCGUCAUAUGUGUGUUGUCUUCAAUCAACUACCACUUUAUGUUUGCAGAUUCUUUCGCCGAUCCAUAACCAUGUAGCAAUGAGUAGAAGUGUAUUUAUUAAAAAUAUUGAAAAUGAAACUAAAAACAAUAUCAGAAUAUAAAAAAGAUUUGAAUAAAUUACUCAAACAAACUUGCGUGAUAAAAAAUAAAAAUAGUUUUUGUACAUUAGUUGAAUGCUCCACUAAGCUCUAGUGAUUGUUAAAAAAGCACACGAAUUCAGUGUUCAACGAAGUGGGAAAUGUUUUAGAAAUUUAACUUCCGGUUCGGAUGUAUUAAACAUGAAAAGCAAUAACAAUUUUUAAUACAUUGUUGUUUCCUAUUUUACUUAAUCCAAAAAUGUAGUUCAUGAAACAUUCGCAAAAAAAAUCAAAUUUAGUUAUGGCUGAUAUUUUACACUUACAAGGCAAGUGACCCUGAUGAUAUUCUGCUACAUGAAAAUUACAGAUAUAUUUGUGAUAAAAACGUAAGGCUUAAAGGUUGACAUACUUUCUAUGGAAACUUCGUACGCAAAUUUUCAAAUUAAAUAAAAACUGAAUCAAAUUCAACGAAUGUAUAGUGUCUGAUUAACUAACACGUAUAGUCACUAUUUUUGAAAGUAUAUCUGAUAACUAUUUAUCGCGAAUAUUUUUUUAAAAAAAGUAAAUAUAGUCCAAGUUCACAGUUAUUGUUAUUGUUAUUAUAUCAUAAAUGUUUCAUGUGUAGACUACGCAGUGAUGAAAAUAUGUUACAAUUCAUAAUUUAAAGCUAAAACUAUAAUGAUUUCGUCGUGUAAAUGAGCCUGCUCUACUUCUGGUUGAUAAUUAAGUAAAUAAAACUUAAAGAAUCGUUCAAGUGAUUGAAAUAAAAGUUUUUAAUCAUACUCCACAAAAAUGAAUUUCUGGUUUACGUGAUAAACUAAACUUUAUAAGUGACGAAUUCAAAUACUGGAUGUUAAAGGAACGAUUGAUUUUUGAAAACUCUGCACAAGAAAAUUAGCUACAUAAAAGACGUAGAAUCAAAGGAAAACAGCAGAAUAUCACGUUCUUGUUGGAGUUUCAACUAAAAGAUGGCAAGUGCAAUUCUCAUUGGCUGUCUUGCAACCUUAGGAGUCAUCAUAACUAUUCUUCUCUUCUUGGCGGGUGGUUAUCUAUGGUGGCGCCAUAAACGCUCUCAGUUACAAUUCAUAGAGCCAAACGAAGAUGAAGAAUCAUCUAGUGGAAGUAUGAGACUUCCGCAAUCGUUGACACAAGAAUCACAGCCAGACGCCACUCUCAUGCCGCCGUCGGCUAAAAUCCAACCACAAUCGCAGCCAAUACAAAAUAACAUCAAUCGGAAAUUGAACGGAUUUUUAAACUUAAAGACACCACUUAUUGGUGCAGCAAGCCCGCAAACAAAAUCACCAGGGGGGUCAUCGAACACUGGUGUAACAGAUGACCGCAUAACUGGGAGACAAGCGAAUCGAAGUGUGUCGAUGGUUGACAUGUAUAUUGAUAAUUCAGAACCCAGUGAAAAUGUUGGACAGAUCCAUUUUUCUCUAGAAUAUGAUUUCCAAAAUACAACACUUAUAUUGAAAAUUUUGCAGGGUAAAGAACUUCCAGCAAAGGACUUAAGUGGCACAUCUGACCCUUACGUAAGGGUUACAUUGUUACCUGAUAAAAAACAUCGUUUAGAAACUAAAAUAAAACGCAGAACAUUAAAUCCGCGUUGGAAUGAGACGUUUUACUUUGAAGGUUUUCCAAUUCAAAAACUACAGUCAAGGGUUUUACAUUUACACGUUUUUGAUUAUGAUCGGUUUUCGCGAGACGAUUCAAUUGGUGAAGUAUUCAUGCCGUUAUGUCAGGUUGAUUUUGCGAGCAAGCAGACUUUCUGGAAAGCAUUGAAACCUCCGGCUAAAGAUAAAUGCGGAGAAUUAUUGUCUUCACUUUGUUACCAUCCUUCGAAUUCGAUCCUGACGUUAACUUUAAUAAAAGCGCGGAACUUAAAAGCAAAAGAUAUUAACGGAAAAUCUGAUCCUUACGUGAAAGUUUGGCUACAAUUCAGUGACAAACGAAUUGAGAAACGCAAAACGCCAAUAUUUAAGUGCACACUAAAUCCAAUAUUCAAUGAGUCAUUCAGUUUCAAUGUACCAUGGGAAAAAAUUCGAGAGUGCUCACUUGAUAUUAUGGUUAUGGACUUUGAUAAUAUAGGACGUAACGAAUUGAUUGGCCGAAUUUUGUUAGCAGGCAAAAAUGGAUCAGGAGCGUCAGAAACGAAACACUGGCAAGAUAUGAUAUCAAAACCACGACAAACUAUAGUACAAUGGCAUCGUUUGAAACCCGAGUAAGAAAAAUGCUAUACUUAAACCUACUUAAAUAAUUAAGACCCAGGAAAUAAUACACCAAAAUUGCGGCAGGAAUGCAUUUCAAAAUAAUUUUUAUCAUCAAUAUUUUUUCUGUUGUACCUUGCUUGAUGUUUGAAACUAGUUUUAUGAAUGUGUGAUAUUCAAACCGAAAACUCUUUCACAUAUAAAUCUAGGAAACGUUGUUAUCAAAAUGGUGUUAUUCAAACAAAUAAAUACCUUUAAGUUGAUAUAAUUAUCUGGGACGCCAAAACUGCAAACUUUUCCUACACGAGUAAGAUUAAUACUUAACAUCUUAUCAGAAUGGAUUAAAUAUUCACAAGGAUCUGCGGAUAAUGUGAAAAAUGCAUCACUUGCUAGCGCCUUAAUGCUACUAUUUCACUUUGAAUAAAAUUUUAGAUGAUAACCUAAAACUGCUUUUAUGAGGUAAAGUAUUAAGUUAAUCCCUUUCACUUUCGUCAUCAUUUUAUCACUUUUACCAAAUCAAUUUUAAUAUAUCCUUGUAUGGUACAUCGUACAUUCGGGAAAAAUUGCGAACUGGAUUUGUAUUUACAGUAGUAUAUUCUCUGAUUGGUAUUAUCCAUAAGUGCAAAAACCACGCAUAAUUGAUUUUCAUCUCAGACCCCCUCAUCAAAUCACUUUUAUGUUUGAGAGUUACUGCGUGUUAUCAGAAGUUCCAUAAAUAAAAGAGCAAGUGCAAUUGAAAACUGUUAAGAAAAUUUAAACAUAAAAGGACUCAUUCACUUUACAAGUUGAAGAUGUAAACAUAUGUUUUUAAAUAUUUGAAAAGGGAAUAAAUAUUUAUUUCUUUAUCGUAAAAAUUGAUUUGAGAAUUGAUACAAAAAUGUUGUUAUUGUUACUGUUGUUUGUUAUGAAGAAUUUAAAGUUGAAAAUACAUAUAAUAGAAAAUAUAAAUAUACUAUAAAAUAAUAUUAGAAAUACGAAAUACAAAUAGACACAGGAAAAGUAUUAUGCAAUAUAAAGCAACGCAUAAGAUUAAGAAUAUAGUUACUAUAUUAUCAACAGCAUUUCACAAAACUUAGAUUGGCCAUAAAUGGAAAAUAUAUCUUAUUAUUAUUGCCUUCGAAUUCUUUAAAACCUAUGUCCCAAUUAUUUGCAAUUAUUGUUAAAAUUUAUUUUUACCGUCACCAAAAGCAAAAGGCUAUUAAUCACAUAAAACCAAAUGGGUAUUUUAAAACUAAAUACAAACCAAAAUCUCUUCCACCUGACUUGUAAUGUGAACCUCUACCAUUUCGUAACACAAAACAAAACAAAAUUUUAUACAGAAAACAGACGCCCAAUUUGUUGAAAACGUGAAUUCUAAUAAGUCGUGCUAAGCUGAUGCUAAAAAGCAAUUCUCGAAAUAAAUAUCUAUUGUAUACUUUUGUAUAACAGAUGUUUGUUUAACAAGUAUACAAGUUGUUCUUUUUUUAUGUAUAUACUGCGUAUUAGUUGGCCGCCCUCGGUCUCGUAGCUCGUUGGGCAGGAAAAGGGAUCCUGGGAAAAUAGCUCAAAAACAAUAUUUUAACAACUUCCAUCAGACUAAUUAACCCCAAAAAAGUUCGUUUUCAUUGCCUAUCAAAAGCUUUGGAUGUUAGAUAUUGUAUCAGAAAUACAUACAACAUAUCACUCAUGGAAACUCUAUAUAAAAGUUCUUUUAAUGGUCGUUUAUUUUUUUGCCUGUGAUUAUUGUAUUUUUUAUAAAUUUGUCUAAGGAACUCUAUCCCACCUUUGAAACGAAAAAAUAUUAAUAAAAUAGAAUCUUUAAUAGCAGAUAACUUUUAAAUAUUUUACAUAAAUAAAAUAUCUACUACAUAUAAAGUUGUCGAAAAUAAUUCCAAUUAGAGUCUCAAUAAACCAAGAGAUAUAUGAAUGAGAAAUACAAAAAGGCAAGGGGGGUGGUGCAUUCCGACAAACAUAAAUUAAGAGGAUUGUAUGUAAGGCUUUUAUUGAUAUCUGUGUAUUCAUAUCGAUGAGCUCUUGAAAAAUGUAAAACGUUAUUGAAACAUCGGAGAACAGGUGUAUCUCAAAGACUACGAAAAUACCGUUUAUGUUUUUUACUUGAACGCAAUUAUUAAUUACUACUCGAUAUUCUUUUGAACUGCAAAAUCCCGCUGUUCUCUAAUUUCAGUUGCGUAAUGAGACAAAUUUUGUUUCUAAAUCAGACGGGACUGUUGUAAAAAAUAACGCUAAUAUUUGAAAGAAUUUCCGAGAGACAACUAGUUCCUACUGAGUUUUCUCGAAUAUGUUCAAUGCUUUGCAUGUCCUUUUGAUGUUCAAUUGCAAAUGAGUCUUCUGUGAAGAUAUUUACAUUUUGCCCAAUCAGUUUUUACUAAAACAUCUUUUGCCGUUGCGUUUAGACUAAAAAUGAGUAAAAAUCCAAUAAAUUAUAAAAUGCGAAGACUGGAUGCAAACCAAUGAAGAGACUUUUAAAAAUAUUUAAAAUGCAAAUUACAAUAAAACAAUUGAAAAAUUACUGAGGAAAAUAUUAAACUGAAAUAAAAUAGUGAAACUAAUAAGUCAUAAACUGUAAAUCAUAGAGAAAAUUUGUUAUUUGCAGUUGAAUAAUUGGGAAAAGGAUGGAAUCAAAGAAUACUGCAUUUGGUGGCAAAGAUAAUCUUUUCAAACGUAUAUAUAUGUAUAUAUGUGUAUAUAUAUACAUAUAUAUAUGAAAUAGAGUCUUAUAAGUAACGUCUGAAAAAACAAUGUAUUCCGAUAUAUAGAGAAAAGUAAUUAAACAUUUGGGAUGCAUGUUUUUUUGAAAAGAGCGCAAAGAACAAGUGAAAAUUUCAAAGAUAAGAAACUGGAAAGUAAAUAAACAUAUUUUGUUAAAAUUGUUCUGCCAUUGUUUUAAAUCAAAGAAUUGGUUAGCAUUUAAUGUAUCCUUUCUAAUUAGGAUGGGCACUGCUUACUUAAAACCUACACAAAUAUUUUCAUUUUCCAAAUUAACUCUUGAUUAUAUUUAUUUGGAACUCGUUUGGAUUGUAAAGGAAACACAUCUUAAUUUAGUUCAUAAAAAUGCCACAAUUUCAACGAUAUCCGACCAAUGUCGAGACUUUCUUCAUCUCAAUCCCAUAUUAAUUGGAGGUGCGUCUCGGCAUUAUUAUUAGCAUUAUUGCUUUUUUAUUCAUUGGUGCUGGAACCUUGUUUUGGUUCAUUAAAUACGUAGUUUGCAAAAUAUUUGGAUGAUAAAAAAUAAUAAAUUAUUAGUGUAAAUUC